CAGGUAGUCCGCACACCUUGCGCCUCAAAACCGAAAGUGCCAUCCCAGUGUCCCUGCUCGCCCCCGUCGACGAGUGUGACGUCACCGUUGCCCUGGACAACGGAGAGGCGGCGCUGCUGUAUUCAAGAAGCGACAGAUACGAAUACACAUGCAAGCAGACCUUCACGACCGUCGAUCCUCGAGCAAACCUGACCGUCACGUGCCAACAUUUUCGGCUCAAGUUCAACUGCUUCUUCGAGAGUCUCACGAUUGAGGUGGACGGCAAAGCCUCUACGUACUGCAUGGACGACAAAGUGGGCCAGUUCCAAGGGCGAAACGUCAGCCUCUCCUUCGAGCGCAAUUUCAUGGGAUUCAAUGGCGGCUACGUGUGCACCGUGUCUUGCCAGGGGCCUCCUUCGGCCCUGAUUUCCGAGGACCCCGGCUGCCCAACCUGCGGCGUCACGGUUGCCAUGGAGUCCAGGCAAAGCAAAACGGCGGAUGAAAGGAUCGUCGGAGGCGUCAGCACUGUCAAGGGCGCGUUUCCCUGGAUGGCCCACCUCAGGAUCACAGCCCGCCCUUCGAUGCAAUACAUGUGCGGCGGAUCUCUCAUCACCGACACCCAUAUCCUCUCAGCCGCUCACUGCUUCGAAUACGACGUGCAAUAUAUUGAUGUGACGCUAGGGAUGGUCGACACCAGGAUCGUGUUAGCGGGCGACUUGGUGCGAAUGCAGGCGACUGACUUCACGGUCCACGCCAAAUAUGACAGCGACAACAUCUACAAUGACAUCGCCGUCGUCAAGCUGCCCAGAGCCGUCACCUUCACGGACGUCAUCAGGCCGAUCUGCUUGCCUACGUCGGCGGACACGAUGGAGGGGGCCGUCGCCACAGCCACUGGGUGGGGGACGCUCUCUUUCGGAGGAGAAGAAGCCCAGGUCCUACAGAAGGUGGACCUGGACGUGUGGAGCAACACGAUGUGCAGCAGCGUCUGGUCUAGGAAGUACAUGACCAUCGCCAGCACGCAGGUGUGUGCGCUGGGAGACGGGAAGGACACCUGUUCGGGCGAUUCCGGGGGGCCUCUGGCGGUGCAGGUCGACGGGAAGUACGUCCAGCUCGGCAUCACCUCGUACGGCCAGGGCUGCGCGACGCCGGGGGUGCCGGGCGUCUACACGCGCGUGUCUUCCUAUAUGACGUGGAUCAAGGCGCAUGUAGAAGGGUAUUGCCAAGGGGGUGGAGCUGAGAGGAAAUAGAAGAAUUGAGAAGAGGAAGAGGAAGAGAGAGAGGAAGAGGGAGAGGGAGAGGAAGACAAUAAGAGGAAUAGGAAGAAGAAGAAGAAUCAGAAGAAAAGGACAAGAAUAAGAACUAGAAUAAGAAGAGGAAAAUGAAGUAGAAGAAGGGAAAGAGGAAGAGGAAGAGGAAGGGGAAGAGGAAGAGGAGGAAAAAGAAGAAGAAGAAAGAAAAACGGUAAUGGAAGGAGAGUGAAUAUAGAAAACGAUUACAUAUUUCACGAGAGAAAACGAAUAUUUUUUGAAGGGUAACUCAAGAAAAGGUCGCUUGCCGUUAGUUGAUGUACCUAUGCCGGAAGUAUUACAUAUAAUUUCCCUAACAUUUUGUCCGCAUUUACUCACCCUAACCAGCUAUGAAUUCCUAAAAUCAAGUGAUGUGAGAUCUGAAUGUGAAACGUAUUGGCUCGAACAUAAUAACUAAAAUAAAGAUUAAUGAGAGAU